CGUUGCCUGGAAAUGGGAUUGGGAAUAACGGAAUCAAAGCUCAGCCGGCUCAGUCAGCAUGUGGUCAAUACCAAUAAAGCUGGCAAAUUGGCCAAAUGUGUAUAUACGGCUAGCAACAUGUCCGAAAAUAUAAACAACAAUCAACAGCCGGAGCACACGGAUAACAAUAAAAUUGCAAACCAAUCGCCAUCAGAGCAAGCCUGGCCAAACUUCGAGGCACGCGUUUUAAAGCAGACAGUGAACAGCGUCUGUCUGGACUGGACACCUUUCGAAAGUGCCCUCGUUUAUAGGAUUGAGAAGUAUCACAAGCGCUACGACUGGCAGCAGGUGGCCUGGACUAGCUCAAGUCCUCAAACCAUCUCCCAAUUGGAGGAGAAUUUCGGCUAUCGACUGCGCAUUAAGGCAUUGCAAUUGGCUGAGAAUGGCAGCCACUAUGAGACACUCGCCAUUUCACCGGAUAUCAUAGCCUGUACCGAGGCAGCAUUGCCCUCGACAAACUGCUUGCAUCGUGCCAUUCGUAAAUCCCAACAAUUUCUGGUUAAACGAAUGCUGCGCCGUCGACCAAGUUUAGUUGAUUAUCCGGGUCCAAACGGAUUUCUGCCAUUGGCCAAUGCAAUUAUUCAGGGUGAGAUGUGUAUUAUCGAUGUGCUACUCUCGUCCGGAUGCAGUGUACAUCUAGGCAAUCCACAAAACGGACGCACUCCGCUGCAUUUGGCCUUCUACCAUGGUCAUCUGCCCUCUGCCCGGAUAUUGUUGAACAAAAAGGCGCAGCUGGAGGCGAUCGACUGUAAUGGAAUGACACCGGCACACUGUGCCGUCGAUGCCAAUCAGCUGGAAAUGGUAAAAUUUGCUCUCGAUUCAGGCGCCAAUGUGGAGGCCAGAGAUGCCUGCGACUGGACGCUGUUGAUGCGAGCAGUGGUCAUGAAUGCCAGUCUGGAGCUUAUCAAGCUUCUGGUUACGCAUGGCGCUAACUUGUUGGCAGUGGAUGGCAUGGGUAAAAGCUGCAGCGAUUUGGCCAAACUUUAUCGCCGAGAGCUGGCCGGGGAUUACUUCGACAAGGUGCACACAUUUAGGCAGGAAAAGGCAGCUGUUUUGGCCAACAGGCAACCACAAGCAGCCCAGCAAAAGGAUUAAGUGCAGCGGUCGACAUAAUCGGAUAGAGAGAAUGUUCGCUAAUGGAAAUGUUCUACUCUUACCAAAUAUUUAUUAUACUUUAACUGGCUUUAAAGUGUUUUAUAUAAGAUAAGUUCUUUUU